UAACAACAUGGCGGACAAUCUAGUACAGCUGUUUACUGGCAUCGGGUUGAGCGAGCAAAAGGCAAAGGAAACUAUAAAGAAUGAAGGUCUUGCUGAAGAUCUGAGGAAGAUAGUUAUCGAGGCACAGAAUAAAAUUGGCAGCUCUGUGGAAAAAACUGUUGGUACAUUGUUAUACAAUAUUGCAACUAGACUUAAACAAAAGAGUCGAUCUUCAUUACUGGUGGAGUAUAUUGCAACCAAGAAGAUCUCUUCAGAAGCACAGCUCACAGCGGCUUUUGAUUACUUCAAGAGCAAUCCUCUUGACCCGAUUGAUAUCAGUGCGUUUGAAGCAGCAUGUGGAGUUGGGGUCGUUGUUACACCAGAGCAGAUUGAAGAAGUGGUUGAAGAAGUACUGAAAAAACACAAAGAUGGAUUGAUUGAGCAGCGUUAUCACUAUGGAGUCGGAUCUAUUAUGGGAGAGGUACGUAGUAAACUGAAGUGGGCUGAUGGGAGAGGUAUCAAGAAUGAGGUCGACAUGCAGAUACUGGAUUUGUUGGGACCAAAGACUGACGCUGACAAACAAAAACCUCAGAAAGCUAAGCCUCAAACUCAGUCAAAGAAAGAAGAAACAAAGAAAGCAGAAGUUGAGAAAGAGUUAGCCUCUCCUAUGGAUUCCAAGACUGACUAUCAAAUAAUGGGAGAUGCCAUUAAGUUUCACAAGCCAGGAGAAAACUACACUACUGAGGGCUAUGUGGUCACUCCAAAAACUAUGAAGUUGAUGAAAAAACACCUUGAAGAAACUGGUGGUCAGAUUCGGACAAGAUUUCCACCAGAACCCAAUGGUAUCUUGCAUAUUGGCCAUGCUAAGGCAAUCAACUUUAAUUUUGGCUAUGCAAGGGCCCAUGAUGGCAUCUGUUUCCUAAGAUACGAUGAUACAAACCCUGAAAAAGAGGAAGAGAGAUUCUUUCGUGGUAUUCUUGAAAUGGUUGAAUGGCUUGGUUAUACGCCGUACAAAACAACACAUGCUUCUGACUAUUUUCAUGAACUAUAUGCAUGGGCCAUUGAACUGAUAAAAAGAGGUCUUGCAUAUGUAUGUCAUCAGAAACAGGAAGAAAUAAAAGGACGUAAUCCACCACCAUCGCCCUGGAGAGACAGACCAGUGGAAGAGUCUCUUACAUUGUUUGAGGACAUGAAAAAAGGUAAACUGGAAGAAGGAGAAGCUACUCUUCGAAUGAAGACAAUUUUAGAGGAUGGUAAAAUGGAUCCUGUAGCUUAUAGAAUUAAAUAUACUCCGCAUCAUAGAACCAAAGAUGAAUGGUGCAUUUAUCCAACUUAUGACUACACUCAUUGCUUGUGUGAUUCUAUUGAGAAUAUUACACAUUCACUUUGUACAAAGGAAUUUCAAUCCAGACGAUCGUCGUAUUACUGGUUGUGCAAUGCGCUAGAUGCCUACUGUCCAGUGCAGUGGGAAUAUGGUCGUCUUAAUAUAUCGUAUACCGUGGUGUCAAAGCGGAAAAUAGGAAAACUUAUAUCAGCAGGAUUGAUUAGAGAUUGGGACGAUCCAAGAUUGUUCACAUUAACAGCACUGCGUCGCCGUGGUUUCCCUGCAGAGGCAAUCAAUAUAUUCUGCUCUAAGGUUGGUGUAACAAUGGCUCAGGUGACAAUUGAUCCAUCUAUGUUGGAAUCGUGUGUACGAGACGUGUUGAACAAUACUGCAAAGCGAGCCAUGGCAACGCUAGAACCUCUUAAGGUCACUAUCACAAAUUUCCCAUCAGACGCGCCCAACAAAGUAGAUGUGCCUAAUAUCCCACAUGAUGCCAGUAAAGGCAGUCAUACUGUGCCUUUUGAGUCCACUAUCUACAUUGAGAGGGAAGAUUUUAGAGAGACAGCUGAGAAGAAUUAUCGGCGCCUGACUACUAACCAACCUGUUGGUUUGAAAUAUGUUGGUUAUGUCAUAUGUGUAGAAGACAUCAUAAAGAACAACAGUGGUAAAAUUACAGAGCUGAAAGUAACGUGUAAAGCCCUGGGUGAAACGGACAAACCAAAGAGCUUCAUUCAUUGGAUAUCUAAACCUAUCACAUGUGAAAUAAGACUCUAUGAUAGAUUAUUUGAACAUAAGAACCCAGAAGACCCCAAUGAGGUGCCUGGUGGCUUUGUCUCGGACUGUAACAAAGAUUCAUUGACAGUGAUCUAUGAUGCACUAGUUGAUCAGUCUGUGAAGAAAGCCAAACAGUUUGAGAAAUUUCAGUUUGAGAGAAUUGGCUUUUUCUCUGUGGAUCCAGACAGUACAGAAGAUCAUCUCGUCUUCAACAGGACAGUGACUUUAAGAGAAGAUGCUGCUAAAAGUUAACUUAUCAGUAACCAUGGUUACAUCUACACGGAAUACAAAAACUAGAGCUUCAACAAAUCUAAAGUGUCAAAUAUAACUUUGUCCAUGCCUUAAUCUAUUUCCCCUGUAAGCUUCAUAUACCUGUAGACAUUCAUUAUUGUCACUUAAACUUGCAACAACUGUUGGCAGCCAUAGCAACAACUGUUACCUUGGUUAUGGCUGCUGACCUGAUGAAUAAACUGUUGCUCUGGUAACAUCGCUAUUUUAAAUU